AUGAAACAGAAUAUUUUAACAAUACGAGAUUUACACUAUGAAUGUGGAAAUUUCGCUGCUGUGUUAGCUCAAUGUUUUGUUGACGAGGGUUAUUCACCAAAAUCACAAGUAUUAAUCUACCCUGUUCUUCAGUUUUUUGAUUGUAUGUUACCAUCUUACAUGAAAAACAAUGCUCAAAUAUUUCGCUAUGGAAAUAUGGUCGAUGUUCUAUCCAUUUACUUAAAUAAAACAAUCACUUCCGAUAUCUUAGGCAAUAAUCACACAACGCCUAAAGUGAAAAAGCAAUUUGAAAAAUAUGUAGAUUGGUCUCUUACCCCAUCCAAUUUACGUGAUGGAAGAAAUCUAGUAGAACCCAAUUAUGGUAGUGAAGAAUUAUAUGAAAAAGUACAACAAGCGCUUACUAAAGACAUAGCACCGUUACUCGUUGAUGAUUAA